GCAAAGAUUUAAAACAUGCUAGCAGUAUAAAUAAUAUAUGGGAAAGAGAGGUGAAUCUUGAACGGUCUAAAAGAAUAAUUCUUACAGAUUUUCGAUUUGGGGUUGACAUGGGCCCUAAUGCAAAUUACAUUAGUAAAAAAAAUGUGAAAAUAGUAUACGCAAAAGACGAUAGUAUUCCUACUGUAAACGGGGUUCUAGUUAUUGGAUCAGAUUGGCCUGAUCAAUUUCCUGAAAUACUCUUGGGCUCAUCAUGGAUGCGAGAAAAUAGUAAAAUUAAUUGUCGCCUCGAACCAGGAUUUCUCGGACUAUCAAUGUGUAUUGAUAAGCUCCUCAAGAAAAUAGGUGGUAAAAUUAGCAGAAAAUUAACACUCAAAGAAAAAGAUAGCAAAUUCAUCAGAGAAGAAGCCACAGCUCCACUUGGAUUGACCGUAAUCCCACUUACAUUUACAUCUAAUAUAAAAGAUAAUAUCCGUCUUAAUAAAAAAAAAUCUAUCACGAUUCCAACCGAAGUACUGGUUGAUAGAUAUAACUCUACAUUACCUAAUUAUAUAAUGCUUGGUAAUAAUUGGUUCUAUGGACGCAAAUAUGAUGAUGAUGAGCUCCAGACUUAUAUACCAGAAAUAGUGACCGAUGCAGAAGAUGCCUGGGUAAGAACAACUUUGCGUAUUAAAAACCUAACUGAGAAGAAAGGGGAGAGAGUAAUAGUAUCUGUUAAUAAAAGAGAUAUUCAUGAUUUUUACAAAAUACUUCCUGGGAAAUCGAAAGAUUCGGGCACUUCCAAUUCGGAUACUUCUUCCAAUUCAGAUACUUCGGACAGCGAUUCAAGUAAUUCUUCCACAUCUAGUUCGGAAAUAGAAGUUACACAUGCGCAUAAGACUAGAGCAGUAAAGAAACGCCCUAUUCGAAAGCAAAAUACCAUUUCCAAUUUGCUAUUAACUGAUCCCAAGGAAGCCUCUCAAUUAACUGAAAUUUCACCUUUGAUAGGUGAAACAUUCAUCCUAUCUUCACUACCUAUAUGGAUAGAAGAGAUUGAGGGUAUGGCAACCCAACAAUAUAAUAUCCAUUACAAUUGUAUUGAUAAUCUACAAAAACUGUGUCCUAUAUGUCCACCAACUGAUAUGGAAAUUGAUGACAGUAUUAUAGUAACUGAUACCCAAGA